AUGUGCUGUAUGCUGCAAGCCUGUAACCGCGCCUUUACAGCCAAUGCAGCAAAAGCAGCAAUUCAUACAUAUGGGCACUGCCAUUGCAUGAAAACAGCAAUAGACAUCCUGGAUAUCUACCAGCAAUUUCCAUUUGAUAUUAUGGUAGCCGAUUGUGCUUUUACGGCUAUUCCGUUUGUAAAAGAUGCCAUGCGUAUACCUGUGGUGGCCAUCGGGGUUUUACCUCUUAUCAGUUCAUCAAAAGACCUGGCGCCCAAUGGCCUGGGCAUGGCACCCUCUUAUACCGUUACCGGAAAAAUAAAACAGGCGCUGCUGCGUGUAUUAGCCAGCAAGGUGCUCUUCAAACACGCCAAUAAGUCAAUGCGGCAGCUGCUGGAAGAAUACCAUAUCCCGCAUCACAAAGAAAAUGCCUUUGACAUUAUGGUAGAAAAAUCCGACGUUUUUCUGCAAAGCGGUGCCCCAGGUUUUGAAUACAAAAGAACUGAUAUGCCAAGGCAUGUGCAUUUCAUUGGCCCUUUGCUACCGUACCAAUCCGACGAUUACACUAUACAAUGGUUUGAUGAAAGACUGAACCGUUUUAGAAGAGUGGUGCUGGUAACCCAGGGUACGGUUGAGAAAGACAUCAACAAAAUAAUUGUGCCCACGCUGGAAGCUUUUAAAAACAGCAAUACCCUGGUGGUAUGCACCACCGGCGGUUCGCAAACAGCUGAAUUAAGGAGGCGGUAUCCGCAGCAGAAUAUCAUCAUAGAAGAUUUUAUUCCUUUUAACGACGUAAUGCCUUACGCAGAUGCCUGUAUUACCAACGGUGGCUAUGGAGGUGUAAUGAUGGCUAUCGAAAAUAACCUGCCACUGGUGGUGGCAGGCAUACAUGAAGGCAAAAACGAGAUCUGCGCCAGGAUUGGCUAUUUUAAACUGGGCAUCAACCUGAAAACAGAAAAACCGAUACCCCAGCAAAUCCGCCAGGCCGUGGAUGAAGUGAUUGGUAAUCCGGAGUAUAAAGAAAACACAGCGGCGCUGGCUGCAGAUUUUCAAUACUAUGAUUCCACUGCUCUUUGCGCCGCCCACAUUGGCCGCCUCCUGAAAAGCAAUAUUAUCAGGAAGGCCAGCAGCAAAUGGAUACUGCAAAAAUCCUCUUACGCCUAUGGCAAUUGA